GAAGUCUCUCUCUCUCUCUCUCUCUCUCUCUCUCUCUCUCUCACACGAAGCUGAAGAGAACCGAGUCAGAGAAAAGUUGAGUUUGUGCUGGAAAAUGGUUUUCUCUGCUUUUCUCUUUUCCCUGUGGAUGCUUUCAGGCUCCGCGGCUGAACUUCAGCUCCAGAUUGAGUGCACGGUGAUGAAUCUGGAGUAUCUGAACUGCACAUGGGAUGGAGACAGAACCCUGGUGGAGAACAUCACCUUUAAAAGCAGUUAUGGACAACCAGAUGCUCCUUCAGAAUGUUCCUCUUAUCAGUAUGCUGGAGCAGUUCGUGUUGGCUGUGUGGUUCCAUAUGAUGAAUUGAAGAUUCAGAGAUUCUCGAAAUUUUAUGCCUGGAUAUACAGAAACAACAUCGUCAUCGCAAAACAAGAAUACAAGACACUGUUAAACAGGGUGAAAUUGGACGCUCCGUAUAACGUGUCGGUGUUCUUGAGAGAUCCAGAGCUGUGGAUUUACUGGAACAUUACCAAUCACGCUAAACUAUCAUGUCAGGAGCGUGAAGUUCGCUACAGGGUCAACAGCAACAAGUGGAUUACGAACAGCAAUUGUGUGGAGAACGCCUUUAAUGUGCCGUUUCCAAACGCUCAGCGUCAGUACGAGUUCCAGAUGAGAGUGCGCAUAUCCUCCACCUGUGGACAGUCUGAAAUGUGGAGUGAAUGGAGUGAGCCGGUGUUCUGGGGACCCAUGAAGGAGAUUAAUGAUACAGAGACGAGACAGCAGACACCUGCGGGGCUGAUGGUCCUCUGCACAGUUGGAGCUGCAGUCGUCCUCAUCAUGCUCACCUGUUUGCUCAUCCACAGCGAGAGACUCAGAGUGAUCCUGGUUCCUGUUGUACCAAGUCCGAAAAAUCUCAAAGAUCUUAUUGACAACUGCGAUGGAAAUGUCGAGGACUGGCUGCACAUCUCCAAAGAGCUGCAGGACGGAUUUAAGCCCAACUUUAGCGAGCGACCCUGCGCAGUGCGAGAGUUCAGGACAGAGGCUCACAGCGAGUCCGAGAGUGACGACUGUCUCUCGGUGCACACGUCCGUCUCGUCUGAUUAACAGUCCAUACAGAGCUACUCGUCCACCUGCAUCAACCCCCCCAGUGUUGAAACCACACCUCUCAAUGGCCUGUAAAACCACAACACCCAGGAGAACAACGUGGAGUUUAAAUGUGGUUUACACAAAUCUAAAUCUGGAUUACAAUCUGACUUUGAACAACCAAUUAAAAAUGAUAAAAACUGGACUAUCAAAGUCAGCAGCUAGAACCAAAACGUUUUAGCAGAAAAUGUUUCACAGCUUCAAAGUAAAGGUUAAGGGCUGAGCAUAGAUUUAUUUUACAUACACACACACACACACACACACACACACACACACACACACACACAUACACGCAAAGUCCAAAAGUCUGAGAGCACUAGUGACAAUCUGGGAUUUAUUUAUUUAUUUAAAAUUGGAAAUAAACAGAAGGUUUUAGAAUUUUGAAAUAUUUCAAAUGAAGAAAGUAAAUGUUCAAUCUGUUGAAUUUGAUAUUGAAGAUUCUCCACUAUUUCUAGGUCCCUAAUUAAAACUAAGAAAAUGGGUGAUAGUCCGUGUUAUUUGCUUUGUACGAAAGGUCAGAUUUUCCUCAUGUCUAAUCGUUUCUACUGAAAUCUGUGAUCAGACGACACUCCGAUGGAUCUGAUCUAAAAUGAAUCCUAAGAUUUUACACAGACUUGUGGAGUCCAUGCAGCUUGAGUUCACACGGUCAUGAAAGCAUGAAACGGGUGAAGCGAAUGUUAAGAAACUCUGAAACCUGUAAAUAUUUCAAAGAUUUUACUUUUCUCUCAAGUUGUUGCUGAUGAGAUCAUCUGUAAUUAAAACUGUUUUGUUCAAUUAGAAAAUAAUGCAAAAGAGAAGCGUUCAGCUGGGAUAGGCUCCAGCUUGCCUGCGACCCUGUAGAACAGGAUAAAACGGCUACAGAUAAUGAGAUAAGAAGCAUGUUCACUCAUGCCCUCAGACUUUUGGACCCCACUCGAUGUAUAUUUUCUCUCUCUCUCUCUCUCUCUCAUAUAUACACACACAUAUGAUGAUUUGUAGUCAGAGUGAUGUUGUAUAUAUGUGAAUAUGUGCACAUGAAAAUAUAUAAUUACAUUUGACUCUUUACCCCUUAAAGCAGUUGCUACAGCCACCCUUGUAUAUGUAUAUACUGUUCACCCUGAGAACGUAUUUACAAGAAAAAAAGUCUAAAGACGAGGUUUUGACAAGGUUUUAGACGAGGCAUCAUAUGUCGUCAUUAUGGGAUAUACCCGGGGUCGUCAUUAAGGGGUAAAGAGUUAAGGCUAUUCUGCUGUGUAACACGUCAUUGUGAAUGAUGCUGCUGUCUGUGUGGAGCUGCUGCUAACAGAAAUGCAAUGAGACGAAAUGCACCGUGCGUGCAUGCGUGCGUUUGAGAGGACUAUAUUUUUCAAACGUAUAUAUACCUUUAUUAUUAUAAUGCAGAAUAAUGUUAUCUGAGGCAUGAAAGUGAAAAAAGCAAAAUUUUUUUCCCUCAUAAUAUUUUUGUAUACUAUGCGUUAUUUACACAAUUCUAAUAAAUAAAAAAAAAACCUUU